UUUAUUCCAACUACGAACGAAAACGGUCACAAGUGUUAUUAGCUGCGCUCAAAAGUUAUCUCGAAGUUUCUUCUUAUACGCAUAAUUCCACAAGGGAAAUCUGUAUUCCAAACGCAUCAAUCCAGCUUUUCGAAUACAUUCGAUUCCAAUCGCUAGAAGCAGAUAAAAGUCGGCUCUGAAUCCUAAAAAAAGGCGACAAAAUUGUCCGGUCAGUUAUCAUCAAAGUAAGCAUGGAAGAAAACACAGGAUCUCAAUACUAUUGAUAGAAAUCCCGUUGGUCGAAUUUCUUAUUUGUACAAGGGUCAGAUCAAAAGAAAGCAAAACCCAGCACAACCUAUUUCUUGUAUCGGUUCUGAGUGAGGUGAACCAUUUCUGGUCACUUGAAAAAAAGAAGACUUUUCCGGAGGUACCAUCCUCGGUGUAGAAUCUCAAGACGUUGCAGUGUAGUGCAAAUAGAUUAGGUGUUACAAGUGCUCAGGACUAUUAUUGAAAGGACGUGGUGGGAUCAAGAACUGUGAUAAGUGUCGAAUAAGCUUUGCCAAUUCCAAUCGGAAAAUCUCAACAGCCUAAUCACCUGCAGUGAUUAUCAUGCAAGCGCCAGUGAACAAGCAUCAUAAAAGCAAAGUCAUUGUCAUCACCAAGAAGUCCAAUAAGAACAUUCGAAAGUUUAAGUGCAACACGUCGUUUGGUUUUAAAUUUAUGUGUGGUAUCGGUAAACAUAAUUGUCAUAUUUGUAUGGUGGGCACGAGAAUUUGUACCAGAACGAUGAUGGGUUUGCAGCAGCAGCGUCGUGAUACUACCGUCGUCGGCGUCGUCAAUUCAAUGUUGGGGGGCCAAAACUCUCAACUCAUUGAUUGGUGAAGCUUAAGCUUUUAAAAUUUCUAUAAAACUCAACGGAGAACUUAUUUCUCUAUCGAAAUGGCACAGACAAGUGGACUCGAAAGCGAAUCCCGCUCCUGGCGAGAAUCCCUGCCCAGCAACAACGUUGAACGACCAGUAUCAGUACAACUACCACGAUCCCCACCUCGAUCUCGAGCAAUCCCUGUGGCUGGAAGAACCGAACGACAGCUACUACAACUCCAGUUGGAUCAGUCAGAUCUUGAAUCAGCAGCCAUCGACGCCGCAACACAGUACAUUGACGCCCCCGACGAACAGUGGUGCGUUAGGAAGGGUUGGAUCCAAACAGGCGAAGACGGCCGAGAAUAUGUCACAGUCUCCUCCGCCCCUCCUGUGGUCAUCCUGCAGUAUGUUCAUGGUCGCUCCGGACCAUUGGACGGAUGGUGGCAACAACAAAAGCGAUAUAAUAGGUGAACAGCAGCUCAACACACCCGAGCCUUCAAUCUGCGGAUUCGAUUUUGAUGGAAGUUUGGCUGGACUGGAUCAAUCCGAAAAUCCAAGAAGCGCUAUUAGUAAGAAUCACAUCAACAACAGCAGCAGCAUCACCAUGAUGAACGGUAAAGAAAGCAACACCAGUGUCAGCAUGCACGGUAGCAAGGGAGAACAACCAUUCGAAAUUAGGCUAGAUUCAACAACGUCGCCGACCUCCUUUUUGCCCACGGCAGACUUCAACACCUCCUGGCAGUUCGAACGCUGCCCCGAAGAUAUAGUCUUCAGCCCCGAGAUGAGCUACCACAUGUCACCACUCCAGACUACUUCUGGUGUGGCGUCCCCGGACAGCAGUUCGGGCGUCAGCCCAGAAGUAGACGAUUUCGAAACUUGCGUCGAUAUCAUCAAGAUCCCAUCGACAGCCGAAGUGUACAAAGUCAACGAAAACACUGAUUACAGCACUUCGUUGACCGAGGAAACCGAACAACUUUCGGAGUCAUACUACUGCAAAGCAGAGGACCUCAUCUCGAUACAGGAUACCAUCUCCGAGAGAAUCGUUACAGUGCCACCCUUCUUUUUGAAGGUCCUUCGGGAAGAAGAGUCGAACACUUCCGACAGGAUUCCACCUCAAGCCGUUUCGAAUGGUACCGUGUAUGACACACGCCCUUCUGUUGCUACCGAAUUCCUGAGUGAUGCUUAUAAAGACGAAGAAGAUUAUGAUGAUGAACUAGGAAAGGCAGGUUACGACGUAGCAGGAGCUACUGCAAAGACACUGGAAGCAGUGCAGAGCGUCUCCAGCAAUGAUGAUACACUAGAUUUAAAAACGCAAACCCAACUAGAACACAACUAUACGAUUAAGCUACCCCUUCUAGAAGCCGACAAAUCCGGCCCUAUUCUAACAACAAGUAACGCCCUGGUGAAGGAACCUUCUUUGAAACCGAGAGACACCUCUCCAGUACUACCGCUACAGCAGCAACCGCCAAAGCGAGCUCAGCCGCCCAGCAUGAAGCAGCAGCUUUUCGAACGUACGAUCAAGAAUGAAAUUGCUAAGGGAACCAAGCUCAAACUGAAAAUCCCUACCGCCGGCACUCCCAUCGUUGCCCCGGUAGGCAUUCUAAACACGCCAGACCUUACCAACCAAGUUCUGGAACUCGAGGCGGAAGCUGAAAUCCUCAGCGCAGAAGAUCAAUUCGAUCUUCUCCAGUACAUCUCUUCCGGAACGGAUUACGAUGUCGUCCCGCUUUCCCCGGUCGAGGUGAAACCCGUCGUUCCCAAGGAGGAACCGGUCCAGCCGCCGUCAACCAUCUGCACGGACACGCUCACUAAGUUGCUGUCCGGCCCGGCCAAACGAAAGGCUCCGCCUAUGAUCACACUGGACAACCUCGAAGAGCUGACAUCUUCCUCCACCCCGAAGAAGUUCCGCAGUGCUACUUCGUCCAGCGCUUCUUCCGUCUAUGAAGACUCCAUCUCGGAGUCGGCGUCGGCGUCUGCCAGCAAAAAGCGCCGCGGUCGACCUCCAAAACAGUCCAGCUUGCAGUUCGAUCGGGCCGAGUACCAGCACCUUAGUGAGCAGGACCAGCGGUACCGCGAGCAGCGGGACAAGAACAACGAAGCGUCCCGCAAGUCGCGCAUCAACCGGCGGGACCGGGAGCUGAAGCUGGAGCACGAAGCGAACGCACUGAAUCAGCACUACAGAGAGCUGGAGAACGAGGAGCAGAAGUUGAUCCGGGACUGCGCCCGGUGGCGGCGUGCAGUUAUGCGAUUGGCGUUGUUGUAAGCUUAGGAAGUAGGGUGUCUCUCUUGAAUUUAUUGGGUUGUAGAAUAUAUGUGUUAUAAUUUUACAUCAUCAUAGCCUGAAUAGCAGGAAUUUUAUGAUUUAAUAAACCAGCAUAGUUUAAGUUAAAAAAAAAAACAAAAUGAAAAAAAAGUUGAAAACAUUAAAAAAAUACAAAAAAAACACAAAAAAAUCAAAACGAACAAAAACAUGAUACAACCUAAUUGUAAGUGAUUAAAAAUAUUUGAAAACUAAGAUAAAGGCAACCAAGUAAAAUGUAUUGCUUGCAAUAGGAUUUAGUUGUUGUCCUUGUAUCUCUUCAUACUUUAAAUUGCAAUAAAACUAACUAUGAAAAAUGAA